GCCCGUCGAACGGGCGCGCGGUGUACAACGAUUACCCGAGGGAUAUCAAGAGCAAGCUCGGGCUGUCCCCCGAAGAGUUCGACGACUACGACGACGACGGCUCGUACUUGGACACGGACUCGGAGAGCGCCGAGGACCGCUUCGUCAACUUUGCGCUGUUGAGCCACAUUGCUAUGAGGUUGAGGGAUAAGGUACCGAGGGGCACACAUGUGAAGGGCGGGAUCCCUUAUCCACGAGCCUUUACGGGUAAGGACAUAGUGUCGACUAUUCAGUCUCAGAUCCAGCGAGAACUCCUCAUCAAUCACGGCAUCUCGACGAACGACAGACGAAUAGCACUCCAGAUUGCCCGGAGUCUGCAGAGCCAGUUGUUCUUCUAUGAAGUCGAAUGGGGUGGACGGGUCCUGGAAGAUGGUGUCGAGGACGUGUAUAUGUUCUUGGACGAUCAGGAGGGUGCCUCCGACUCGAGGCUAGAGAGAGAAGAGUUACCCACGGGCGUUAUCACGAUCCUCACCAAGUGCUAUAGUUCAGACUGCUCGGAAGACCAACCGUGCUAUGCGUACCUGUGCCCGCGGAAACAGCGCCUCGCGCCGGAGGAACCGCCUCCCGAGCCUGUGGAUGUUGUCAAGCGUACGGAGAACGACUGGGAAGUUCCGGAGGAGGUCAUCAAGACGUUGCCUGCCAGUGAGAUCAACCGUCAGACAAUCAUUCACAAAGUCAUCAGUAAAGAGAAGCAAUAUGUGGAGGAUCUGGAUCUCGUGGAGUCGCUCUUCAUCAAACCUCUGCGCACGGCCGAUCCACCUGUGAUACACCCCGAUCGCCUUGAAGAUUUCAUUGAAGAGGUAUUCGGGAACAUCCUGGAUCUGCGGGAAUGCAAUCGCCGGCUCUUGGAGAAUCUGUACGUUCGACAACGGGAGCAUGCGCCGAUUAUUCAGAGGAUUGGGGAUGUGUUUUUGGACGCUGCGACCGAGUUUCGUCUGGCAUAUCCGAUAUACGUUGGCCACCUCCCUCUUGCUGAGAAGCGCGUGAAAGAGGAGACGGAGAACAAUGUAGAGUUCAGGAUGUUCUUGGAGCAUAGCGCUAGGAACCCCGACUCGCGGCGAAUAGAUCUCAAGCAUUUCCUGAACAGGCCUUCUGAACAUCUACAGAAGUAUCCAGUCCUGUUGGAAGCCAUUCACAAAGAGACUGCAGAAGGCAAUCCUGAUGCUGACUUCUUAUUGGAGGCCAUCCAAGCUAUCAAGAACUUGCAGACCGUAGCUCAGUUGCUGACGUUCCAGUCUGCGAUGGGCAAAGGUCCUACGGGCAAGUUCGAAUGGCACAACCUGGUCUCGGAGGAGUAUAGGAAGAGUCUACCGAAGAAGGAGGCCAAACGUCAAAUGAUCAUUUUCGAGCUCAUCAAGGGUGAGAUGGCAUACGUCAAAGAUCUCGAGAGCUUUGAGACGAUGUAUAUUCGUCCGCUGAAAACCGCAGAUCCUCCAAUAAUCCCGCCGUCAAGAUUAGAUAGCUUCAUCCAGGAGGUCUUCCACAAUUAUCGCGAACUGCUCUACCACCACCGGAAACUGUUGGAGAACUUGCACGAAAUUCAACGGGAACAACAUCCAGUCAUUCGCAGUGUGACGGAAGCCAUCUUGGACGCCUUUCUCAACUUCCGGGAGGCGUACCUGGAGUAUGUCCCGAAUUACCCUAUGGCAGCUUAUAGGAUCGACGAAGAGAUGAACAACAACCCUGCAUUCAAGGCUUUUGUGGAGCAAUGCGUCCGUCAUCCUGACGCACACAAAUUGGAUAUCAAGAGUUUCAUCAAUCGACCAAUCCCUCGGUUGCUUCGGUAUGAGCUGUUAUUGAAGAGUAUACUGGACGAGACUCCUGCGGACCAUGAAGAUCAGGAAGCCAUCCCACAACUCUUGGACGUCAUCAAGGCCCUGGGUAAAGAGACAGAACCAGGUGUUGCCUCAGCUAAACAGAAGGUCGAGCUUUGGCGAUACAAUGCUAAUCUAGUCUUCAAACCCGGCGAAGCAGUGGACAUGGACUUGCUCAACGAGAACAGGUCGCUUAUCCAUACUGGCAAGUUGCUCCGUCAACCCGAUACAAGUCUCGAAUGGAACGGAUGGACUGAGUUGUUCGUGCUUCUGUUUGACAAUUACCUGGUCAUGACUAAGACCAAGGAGAGGGAUGGUGUGACAAAGUACCAUGUCAAUCGGAGGCCGAUACCGCUAGAUUUGCUGACGUUGGCCAAUUUCACUGAUCCUCCGACACAGCGAGGGACCGGCUUCAUCGGCUUCAAGCGGGGCGACAAACAACAACACGAUCAGCCCGCUCCCCCGACUCUCAACAGUGCCGACUCGGCCGGGGAUGCUCGAGCAGUUUUUCCGCUAACGAUCCACUACAAUGGGCGGAUGGGCGGCUUGUACACGUUGUAUGCUGAGAGCGCGCAGAUACGCUCGGAGUGGAAGCAGAAGCUGGAAGAGGCUAUCGGUCUCCGCAAAGUCGUCCAAGAAUCGAACAAGGUCUUCGAGAUCGAUACGCUUAGUGCUGACACCUUCCUCGUUCCGUCCAUGCUGGCUGGGCCCACCAAUCCUUCGUGGAAUAACGAGACGACGUUCACUGGAAAAGUGACAUGCUCAGUGCCUUUCACCACGGCGGAUGGGCGCGCUUUAGUGGCAAUUGGCUGCGCGGAGGGUGUAUGGAUCGGGUUCAGACAUGAUUCGCGAUCAAUGCGCAGAGUGCUCCAUCUAAAGCAGGUUACGCAGUGUGCCAUGCUGGAAGACUUCGGCAUAUUCCUGGUGCUGGCGGACAGAUCUUUGUUUGCCUACCACAUCGAAGCGCUCGUACCGUCUUCGCCCCAGAGCGUGCACACGUCUCAGACACCGCAGAAGCUUAGCAAAAACUCGGAGAAUGUGCAUUUCUUCAGCGUCGGCAACCUGAGCGGGCGGACGCUGGUCGUCUACAUGAAGAAGAACAGGCUGGACAACGUCUUCCGUGUGCUCGAACCGGUGGUGGAUAACAUCAACGAGCGGAACCGGGCGCCUGCUUCGUUAGGCUCACGUUUGGGCUUCCGGUCGCAGCGAUCGGAGUGGUUCCGAGUCUACCGAGACUUUUUCCUUCCGUCAGAAACCUUCGACUUGAUCUUCCUGAAGGCCAAGAUCGCCAUAUUGUGUACGAAGGGAUUCGAGAUCAUGGAUCUGACCGAUUUCCGGAGUGCUACGGUGCCCCAGCGUGAUGACCCGCGGAUGGAGCGCCUGGCGCGAAGAUGUGAAUCCUGCAAACCGAUAGGCAUGUUCCGAUCCAACGAGGACGAGUUCUUGCUCUGUUAUGACGAAUUUGGCCUCUAUGUGAACCGCCACGGAGAUCCCUCGCGUUCCGUGAUGACCAUCGAAUGGGAGGGCACGGCCGAGAAGGCCGCCUGGCACCCGCCGUACGUGCUCCUCUUCGACACGCGCUUCAUCGAGGUGCGGCACGUCGAGACGGGGCGGCUGGUGCAGAUCAUCCCGGGGAACGACAUGCGGUGCAUCUGGGACGGGCGCGGGUCGAGCAGCAACAUGAACCUGGCGACGCCGGGGCCGGACGGGUGGGGCGAGAGCGGGCUGAACCAGGAGGCGCGCGUGCACGGCGUGAUGAACGCGCCGGAGCCGGUGAAGGCGGGCGGGAUUGGCCCGCAGCGCGCGAGCCGCGCGAUCGCGCAGCAUGUGUUCGAGCUGGUGCCGACGGUGCCGCUGUACCUCCCGGGCAGCCUGCACUCGCCGAGCCACUCGGCGUACUUCCCCGCGAAUGGGGGCCCCGCGGGCUCGCCGCCGCAUAGUCCGCGGAUGACGCCCGUGAAUAGUCGCUGGGCGAUGUAA